AUGUUGACCGAGUUGUUGGUGUUGGUGCUGGUUGUGGCAGUCGAUAGUAAACGGGUAAGAUGACUUGGCAUGUUAGGUUAUUUGGGUAAUGGCCUUUUUGAUGUAGCAAGCUGUGACUUGAGUUUAAAUUGAUUUUAUCAGAUCAACUUAUUAUAAAAUUGGUUGAUUUUGUGAUAAUCUGUAACUACGUUAACUUAAACUUUGUUGUACUGUAAUGUAUUUUUAGGGCACCAGAAUCGAUCUUUACAAACAACACGGAGGAGAUAUAUUGCAGAUGAAACCAGGCAAAUCGUAUGUUUUUGAUAUUACGGUAUAUUUUGUUUAUCUUAUAUUUCGUCAUUGCUUAACAAGCUUACUGUAACAUUUUGUCUGUAGAAUAUGGGGUAAGAUGAGGAAUGCCCUUCCCACCAACUCUCUCAAUCGAUGGACAGAGUAUCGAGAUGACAACAGAAACUACGUUCUGCCAUUUACAAUCUCUGGCAAGUUCGGUAGGUCUUUCUCUACAACGAUUAUUUUUAAUAUUAUGGUUAUGACACUAUUUUGAAGUUCUACUACAGAUAGUCUGAACUAAUAGUUCUGGUAGUGUAAGAUACUAUUACUUUCUGAAAACAUUAUGUCUACUACGAUAUUUUUACUUAACUUAUGUUAACAUUGUACGUGUAAAAACCAAUUGACUUGUUGCCUUUUACGUGAUAUUGUUGUAUUGUAUUGUAGAUCCCGAGGAGAGGACCAUCAUCUUUGGGGCGAUGAGAGCCCUCGAGCGAAACACUUGUUUGAAGUUCAAACGUCGAGAGCGAGAACGGGAUUACAUCGACAUACGAAACGAAAGUAACGAAGGGUAGGGUUACAGUUGUGUUACUAUAGUAAUACAUAACACUUUCUAUAGUACUACAAAACACUUUCAGAUGUUACACUUCAGUGGGCAGACAUCGUGGCAAGAACAUAGUUAUGUUAGAAGCCAACAAUGUAGCCACUUGUGCUGAACAUGACAUUGUGAUACACGAGUUCAUGCAUGUGAGUUAAUCUGCUAUUAUUGAUGCAGCUUAUGAUUUAUUUUGCAUAAUAAGAGUAAUUGCCAUGUCACGUUAUAGACAAUUGGGUUGUGGCACGAACAUAUGAGAUACGACAGAGACAAAUACAUCAAAGUACACUUUGACAACAUUGAGCCGAGUAAGUAGCUCUAUUAAACGUUCAUAAGCAGUUUAUUUGUGAGGAGGGGGGGGUUAAACAUUUUUGACACACUAAUUUCCUAUUUUAUCGUACGGUAAGAUCUACUUUAGUAAUUUAUUUUACUUUGUACGAUGAUUUCAUUGGUUUGUCACAAAAACUAGGCCCUUCACAUAAUUCUGUGCUUUUCUGACGCAAUUUAUUUUCAGUGUUUUACUCGCAAUUUGAAAAGAUCGGCAAACAAGAGAGUACCACCUACGGAGUAGAGUACGACUACAGAAGUGUGAUGCACUACUCCAAGGACGCCUUCGCGGAACAGCCUGGGGCAAUUACAAUGGAAACCAAAGACAAUUCGAUGCAGGUAAUUUCUUUAAAUUAUUUUAUGUUUGAGUUUGACACUUUGGAGUUACAGUAUUGUUAAUUACUAUAUUUAUAAAAAUAGUAACUUAUUGAUUGUCAAUUACAAGUAUAUUGUUAAUGGUAUCUUAAGCCUUAAAAAAAGAUUUUCGAGUUUUAAUUUGAAUUUAUGUUUAGGACAUAAUUGGCCGGGUUAAUGACGCAUCGCCGAGCGAUUACAUCAAGAUAUGCUCCAUCUACAAGUGCGGCAAAUGUAUGGGGAAACCGUUUGGGAAACGGAAAAACAAGCCUAAAUCAAACCCCGAGGGCACGAGAAGUUCGGGAGAGACCAAGAAGGACGAGCGGAGUAAGUAAUAACUAAUUACUCUUAGAAAAGGUACUUAACUAACAUUUUGAAGUAGUACUAGGCAUGUAUAACAUAAAACAGAAUAGUGUUUGGGCCAACAAAUGAGUGAAGAAAGGUAUUGCGGUUAGUUUAAAUGACAAAAGUAAGGGGGUAAUUCGGGUUAAACUUUUCGGUUAUCAGAAACUAUAAAAUAAUGUUAUUAUUGAUGAAACUUUUUGUUACUCUAAUAGCAAAACAACGUAUACCACACAACAAAGUAGUAUAACAACAUGUAUAACACAAAAAUGUAGUAUAACAUGAAUUCAGGUUGUGGCGACUCCUUCUUCUGUUCCCAACUCCUGAAAGAACAACCCAAGGAAGCCAUCUGCAACAUGGAGGCCUACAAACGGUGGUGCUGUGCGUCGUGCACGUAAGGGAAGCGACAUCUGAUCUCACGAGUAUUUGAAUAAAUUCAAAACAUUUUGUCCCCGGAGGGCCGCGGUCGGACGUUGUCCAUCAAAGGACGGAAAACAAGCCUCGGGGCUAUUACUACCUCAUGACUUGCCCGUCCCACAACUUUUGGCUUUUCUCACGAACGCCUGUUCGUACCCUCAGGGCCUCUCUUAUUAUAAAUCCGAGCCGGUUUUUGGAAGAAUCUUUUUGUUUAUUCCGUUACUCUGUCGAGUUGGUAUGUCGAGGUCAUGAUCGCCAAGAUCGCCUGGCUGCUGGUUACCGUAAUUUGCAUAUCGCGGGCCGACGAUCAUCAGAGCGUAAGUGAUACGAUGACAAGUGUCAUCAACACCUGGCUAUGAUGUCAUUUGAUCUGCAAUUAAAUUAACGGGCUCAUUAAGGUUACUGUAACUUAUUUGUCAAGUUGUUUUGUCGCACAAUAUUGUUUAUGUUACAAAUAAAAGUAUAGUUUUCAGUUGUUUUUGAAUCAUAUUCACUUUCACAUAUGUUUACAAUAGUAUUGUAACCGUACAUAGCUUUCUUGUUGUAAUCUUGGUGAUGUAAAUCUCUUUUCAAAACUUAAGGAAAGUAAACAACCAAAAUAUAACGUUAUGUUUAUGUAUUUCUUUACAUAAAGGUUUCAGAAGUGUCACGACCGAUGUGAACGACUGUUCCACCGUUCUCUGCAGCGUAUCGGAGAAGAUGUGAAGCACAUCAGAGAGGCACUCCAGGUCCACCUCAAGUCAGACCAGUCCAAGUCCAUCUGCUGGUCUGUUUUUAUCUUUUAAUUUGGGUAAUAACGUGUUCUUUCGUUGUCCAGCUGUCAACAAACACAUCAAGAUACGAACAACAAGUCCUGUAAUAACAUAUUUAUGGUGUUGUGUGGCAUCUUGAACAUGUUUUGAUGGUCAGGCAUCUUAAAAGCUGUCGAAAGAUAGAUUUGUUUUGUGGAAUGUUUAGAGUAACGUAUUGAGUAUUGUACUAUUGUACUGAUAGUAAUCAUCUUUUAGGAAAUUCACAGAUUACGAUGAUUGUCUUCGACUAUGUGGUAACAGUAAGGCCUAUGACAAGUCAAGUAAAGUAAACACAGAAAGGGAUGGCAUACGAAGGAAGUGCAGAAGAAUCACGGCGACAUCUCGUACGUUCUUUGAAUAACAAAUUGCAAAUCAAUAUUAACAUCAAAUCACACUAUUCACAAACAUUUAAGAAUACGUUAUCCUUCUUGUCCGUAGCAUGCUUAUUAUUGUUUCAAAAGACAAAUUUCAGCGUACCAAAAGCACUUUCGUUGUGUGCAUCGCUACCACAACUUCAUGCAGGUACGGUGUUCGUCGUUCGCUCAAGAAGCCACCAAGUACCGUGUGAUGUCGAAGAGAGCCAAGAACAACUACACCAAAGGCGUGACACGUGACGUGCUGACUCAGGAGACCUGCCGUCACCUCCAUUAUCACAGCAUGUGCUUGGCCAACGCCGUGUUCGGCUACUGUCCCGAUGCGGACGAACUGUUUAAUAGGUUUACCAUGAGGGACUACUUCCUAUCGUAUGUGGUGCCAGAAGAUGACGUCGUCUUCACAGAUCGACUACUCGAUUACUGUCAGUUGUACGACUUCCAGAAGAUGGCCAAAGACUUCUUCGACAGUACCAAGUCGACCACCAAGCGAGCUCUACCUCACAGUAACAAUGUCUAUGUUACGCAUCCUAUGACCAUGCCUUUCACUACCAACGCCAAUGGUAUGUUAUUAUCGGUUUAGACUAAAGGUGAUAAGACAUUGUCUAUAUGAUAAUCACGGUUAAUAUACCGCUUUUCAGAAGUCUCCAAGCAUACGACGACUCUCUUUGAUUCAGAAGAAGACCUACAAGACAUACCUCCUAACUUCCAUUAUUCUUCAGCAAAGUACCCUAAACGCUACAGUGACGCUCGGUAAGUCUACCUAUCACAACAUAAUGUGAUUUUACAAGUAGAUGAUUGUAAUAUACAAUGUUUUAGAUCAAAUGACAUAUAUAGAACCACAAAUCGUGCCAGAACAGAAGAUAUCGAUAGUAUCGACCUGAUUACGAAGCCGGUUUCCAUCGAUUUCAGCUUCGAAUCUGACGUCCCAGAAUACACGACACAUCCCUACAACAACCAACAACCCGUUACUCACCCACAACAUCGACAAAAAAAUAAUCAAGGUUACCGUAACCAACAUAAUAAUGGUUACAGUAAUCAACCAAACCACGUCACCCACCCUGAUCAAGGUACUGACCAUGUCACUCGCCCCAACUCAUACAAACACAACCCUCACAGUUCAUAUAUCAACCAAGGUGUAACCAGGAGACCAGGCUACGCCCCAGACGGCACAUAUCUUCAGAAUCAGAUAGCUCAAAACCCAGAAGAUCAACAAGUUCAGACUCAAGUCACCUGGCCAGACACCCACCCCACGAUGUUAACCAUCGACCAGGUGAUCGCCCGUGGAGACCACAAGAAGGGUGUUAUACCAUCAGUACCACCAGCCCACAAGGAAAACUACAACAGUGAUGAAGAUACGAUAGACAAGAAGCAACUGGAUGACCAGAUCGCCAAGAUAAAGGGUCUUCAGCAGAUCGAAGAUGACGACGAGUAUGACGACGACGGUCCUCUACUGCCGUUCUCCAAGGUUCACAUCACCAACAUCAAGUCGCACGAUGACGUCACCAGCGACCGUGACAAGUUCUUCGUAAGACAAGGGACAGGUACGUGAAUGUUGCUUGUUAGUUAAUCAUUUAAGGUUCUAAAUAACAAUUUAUCAUUUUAGGAAGACCAUACGAAGACGACGAAGACUACGCGGACUUCGGCCAAAUGGAACCAGGUAAGUAGUACGACUUCUUGGUUACUAUACCAUAAGACCACGGUAUAUAUAAAUGUUAAUAACUAUUACUAUACUAUAUUAUCUUCAGUACAAGCAACAACUCUGGGCGAUGUUUUCCGAUCAGCCAUCUCCACCGCCCUCAACCCCUCAGGCAAGUUACCGGCCCAUCACACUCGAGAACAAGCCAACACAGUGCUGCUCCUGAUGGUCGCCUACACCAUCUUCUUCGUGGCAGCUCUCAUCAUCCUGAUAUCACUCAUCAUUACCAUGGUAAUGCGGAGGAAACGACAAGCAUACCAGACUUAUAUUGUAAAGAAACCGCUUAAAUACUGA